AUGGCCUUGGAUACUGUAGGUGACGUCGAUCGAUGUACUUCAUUACAUGCUACAGAAAAUGGCUGCUUAGGUGGAAGGCUGUCUGAAGUUCGGUCAAUCACUGAAAUCUACCGAUCAGCUGAAACCGCUAUUGGUGAAAGCGAUUCCAUUUCACAGACAACUCUGGAAGUUUCACACUACGAUCAAACAUACAAUAAUUUGACAUCAGUUGAACGCUUAUCGAAAUGCGUCGAAAAGAUUCGAGGUUUUGGACCGAGAAAGCUCACUGAACAAGAAUUAGGACGAUGGAAACGACUUAUUGCUAAUAAUGUUGAAUUUCGAGAAAAAUUGCUCAAAACUUUUAAAUUAGAAGAGAUCGAGAAAAUUUGUUUAUCAGACAAAUAUCGCAAUAUGUUUCCUCAACAAAAAUGGCAUAAUAUUAUGAAUUGUAUUUUCGAUAUGCAACAAAAAACACUCCAUGAUACAAGGCAGUUUAUCAAUAAAAAUGACGCAUCUGCACAGGUAACUAAAAUUGAAAUUGAAAAUUUGUAG